CCCCACGCCUGGGGGCUGGGGGGGCACCCCACAACUGGGACCCGACAAAGGGCCCUGUAGCCGCUAGUGGGUGCAACGGCGCAGGGACCCACGGCCUCCGGCCCCACGGCUCCUCCCCUCCUCAACUUCCUCUGUGGCGGCACUGGGGGGUUGGGGUGAGCCGGGCAUCCGGGCCCCCUUCCCGCUGUGGGGCGGAGCAGUGGGGCGGGAGGGCACCCAGGCGCCUGGCGAUGGCGGGGCUGAAGACGGCGAGCGGGGAGGCCAUCGACGGCUCCUUCGAGCUGCAGGUCGAGGUGGAGGAGGGGGUCGCCGUGGGGCAGACCUGCCCCAUGGCACCCCCUGGCCCCACGGCGGCCCCCCGCACCCUCGCCCUCCGUGUCACGGGGGACCUCCACGUCGGCGGCCUCAUGCUCCUCAUCGUGGAAACCAUCGGGGCGCGGCGGGACUGGUCGGACCACGCGCUGUGGUGGGCGCAGCGCCGGCGCUGGCUGCGGCGGCCCGGGCGCAGCCUGGACGCGCUGGGGGUCGGGGGGACGCGCGGCUCCGCUUCGCCCCCCGGCACCGGCCGCUGCGCGUGCGCCUGCCCAACGGGCGCCGCCUGCGCAUGCGCCUCUCCUUCGCCCAGCCCCUGGCCCGCGGCGUCGCCCAGGCCUGCCGCCUGCUCGGGGGGAGCUGAAACCCCCCCCCCCCGUGGGAGCCCUUCGCCCCCUCCGUGA